CAGCAGGAGACGGAGAUGGAGCCGGAGGCGCCCGGCGCGCGGUGCCCGGGCGAUGGCGAGUGCGCGGUUCCGGCUCCCCGCGGCGCUGCCGUGCCCGCGCGCACCCGGCUCCGCGCCUUCCUGUGGUGCCGCGAGUUCCUGGCCGGCUCCUGGAAGCUGAUCGCGCCCGAGGAGUUCGGCAUCAGCCCGGUCAGCGGGGGGCUCAGCAACCUGCUGUACAAGUGCAGCCUCCCGGACCACGUCCUGAGCCUGGGCGACGAGCCUCGGCAGGUGCUGCUGCGCGUCUACGGGGCCAUCCUGCAGGGCGUGGACUCGCUGGUUCUGGAGAGCGUGAUGUUUGCCAUCCUGGCAGAGCGGGCACUGGGGCCACGGCUGUACGGGGUCUUUCCGCAGGGGCGCCUGGAGCAGUACAUUCCGAGCCGGCGUCUGUGCACGGAGGACCUGCAGGACCCCGACAUCUCCAGGGAGAUCGCGAUGAAGAUGUCCCGCUUCCACGGCAUGGUGAUGCCCUUCAACAAGGAGGCCAAGUGGCUGUUUGGGACCAUGGAACGGUACCUGAAGCAGAUUGCCGAGCUCACCUUCCCCCAGGAAGCCCAGCGGAAGAAGUUCAACCAGCUCAAAGCCUAUAACCUGCAGCAGGAAAUGGGGAGCCUCAGGGAGCUGCUGGAGUCCACACCCUCCCCUGUGGUCUUCUGCCACAAUGACGUGCAGGAAGGGAACAUCCUGCUGCUGGCUGGGCGAGAGUCACAUCCCACUGACAAGCUGAUGCUGAUUGACUUUGAAUACAGCAGCUACAACUACAGGGGCUUUGACAUCGGCAAUCACUUCUGUGAGUGGGUGUACGACUACACCCACGACACGUGGCCCUACUACCAGGCCUCCAUGGAGAACUACCCCACGCGCCAGCAGCAGCUGCACUUCAUCCGGCACUACCUGUGGGAGGACUCGGGGCGGCGCGGGGACACCUCGCACGAGGAGCAGGCCCGCAUCGAGGAGGAGAUGCUCACUGAAAUCAGCCGGUUUGCUCUGGCCUCUCACUUCUUUUGGGGCCUCUGGUCCAUCCUGCAGGCGAAGAUCUCCACCAUUGAGUUCGGCUACCUGGAUUACGCGCUGUGCCGUUUUGAGGCCUACUUCCAGCAGAAGGCGCAGUGCCCGUGACCGGCCCAGCUCUGCCUCAGGCCCCCGGGCUCGCCUGCCUCAGGCCCCCGGACUCGCCUGCCUCAGGCCCCCGGGCUCGCCGUGCUGCAGACACGUGGGGCCUGGCCAGAGCAGCGGAGUGGCCCCUCCCUGCCAAGGGGACAGCAGCUGGCAAGGACCCCAAGGGACCAAUGCCCCCAGACCAGCCUCCCUUGCCCCCUGGGGCGGGGGGCUGCCCUGGCUGGCCAGGGAGCGGGGGUGGGGUUUGGGGGUCUCCCUGCAGGCGUUUGGGGGCAGGGCUGGGCUGUCGGGGAGGGAAACGGUUAAUGUUCCGGUUUGGGGAGUGAAGGCGCGUGUGAGGAUCCCCACCCCCUCCAGGGUGGGCUGUGUGGGGCCGGCUCUCCCCACUGUCCAUUGGCGGAUGGUUCUGUGUGGCCGUGGGGGUCCCGCUCACCAGGGCGGCUGCAGCCUCGGCCCCGUCCCCGGAGCAGGAGGGGCUCGGCUCCCCUGGGUUCCCUGCGAGUGCAUUGGGGGCUGUGCGCUGGGAGGUGGGGGCAGGGAGCUGAAUGUGCCACACGUGCAUCUGCCUCUGUCCCUGCGUCUCUGCCUCCCCUGGCCUGCGGCGCUGCCCAGCUCUGCCACCCUCGUGCCCUUCCUGGCUGCCGAUGUAACCGGGGAGCCCCUGGGGCUCAGCCAGCGUGGGCUGCAGGGGGGAGACCUGGGUGCUCUGCCCCUGCCCCCCGCAGGGCCCUUUCUCUGGAGAAGCAGGGGGCGUUAGUAGGGCAGUGCUGGCCUGGCUCCAGCGCCUCUCCCGCUGCUGGGAAUGGGGGGUGGGCUCUAGCGGGGUGUCCCCUGCUCCGGCUGGGGGAGUGCGGGGGGAGCGUGUCCCGCAGCCCUGCCCCAAAGUUCCUCCCUGCCUGGGCCCCGUGGCCGGGGCUCUGCACUCGCUUUCUCUGCCAGUCCCCAGCGCCUGCUGCUGCUGCCCCCUCAGAGCCGAGCCCCGGCAGGGCCCUCCACUGCCCAGCAAUGGACUGUGAGCUCUGCACUCAGACCAAUAAAUGCCUGGCGCUGUC